ACAUUGUGAUAGUAAGAACGAAAGUGAGUGACGGCCAGAUUUUUAAAGCGAUGGAUUUGUCUCUCCUGAAACGGAUCGGCGAGGCUUUGGAGCUUGACGGCCACAAUAAGUAUCAAGAAGCCUAUGUGAAAUAUGUUGAAUGUAUCCUGUGUGUUGCCAGUAACUUGUUAAACAACGUGAGGGACUCUGGCGGCCACGUUGCAUCCACAAAAGAGGUCUUUCGUUACGUACAGCUUGGACAGCAGUCUUUUGAUCGAGUAGAGGCUCUACUCAAAAUUAUAUCUGAUAACUCGUUGGUGAGCCGACAACCGACCCCGAAGUUGUCUGACCCUGUUCCACCUCUUCAAAACGAAGCCUCUUGUCAUCACUUUUCAUUGGACAAGAAGAAACAGCUGUCUCCGAUGGAGGUCGCGUACCGCCAGAACCAGCAGCUCAUGAUGGCGUACAGAACUAGGAUGUCGUCCGCGACCACGCGAGACUCGAAGACAGCCAGUUUGAGGCUGACUAUUCAGAGAAAGAUGGCCGAAAAUCUCGCUAUUGCUAAAGUUCAGGAAGAAGCUCUAGCAAAGAAAAUGAAGGAAAGACAACUCCGAUUAGAAGAGCAAGCUUCACGACGUUUUGCCGCUCCUGUUGGGAUGUCAGAGGAAGAGCAGGAGCAGAGACAGAUCUACAAGAAGAUUCUCGAAUACGAGCAGGAAGCUAAAUGGCUGGCUGAAUGGCGUGUCAAGCUCGAUAGUAACCCUCUGGACACAAUAGUGAUAAACCAGCUCAUACAGGAAAUACUCAGAUGUGUUGAUCACCCACUAACCCAGCUGGUGAAGGCCUACCAGUUUAAGGUCUAUGAAAAGUUGUAUCCUAUAGUAUCACAAGCUGCAUAUACGGUGGAGGACAUUGUUGUUCCUCUUCCAGAGCAUCUGUAUCCAGCAAAUUUCAAGCAGAAAAGCUGUGAAGAAAAACAAGAUUUUGAUACGAUGAAAGAAGAACAAUUACCACACCAAGAGGGAAAUGUUUCUUCAAAGGAAAGAAGUCAAGAAAAUAUAGAUUGGUCUAAAGAAAAAAAAGAUGUUCUUUUACUGGACAGAAAAAGGUUUUCUGAAGGUAAAGAAAAUGAAGUGAAAAGAAACAUAAACAAUAAUGAUGUUUUGUCAGAGGCAAAACGACCUUUAGAUCUGGAAGAUAUUUCUCAGCCCGAAAAUAAAGAUACAAUACUCAGCAUUCCUGCUUCAAAAGAAUCUAGUCAAGAUUUGUCUGUCGAGUCUUCCACUGACAAAUCUCACCAAACUGUUGAUGAUGAACAGACUGCAGAAUCUCCUGAAAUAAAUGAAAGCAGUUCCUCUUAUCUUGGCCAAGCUGGAGAUGAAUCUAUCUGUAAUCAACCUGAGGACAGGGAUCGAUGUGAACAUGGUGGUGAUAGCAGUCAUUUAAAUGAGCAGAGCAAAUAUAAAACUGAUAGCAAACAAGAAGAUGUUGAUAGCAGAUGUGAAAAUGUUGAUAGCAGACGUGAAAACGAUGACAGCAGACUUGAAAAGGAUGAUAGCAGACAUGAAAAGGAUGAUAGCAGAUGCGAAAAUGAUUAUAGCAGACGCGAAAAUGAUGAUAGCAGACGCGAAAAUGAUGAUAGCAGACGUGAAAAUGAUGAUAGUAGACGCGAAAAAGAUGGUAGCAGAUGCGAAAAUGAUGAUAGCAGACAUGAAAAUUAUGAUAGCAGACGUGGAAAUAUGGAUAGCAGAGAUGAAAUUGAGGGUAGCAAACAUGAUAGUAUUGAUGAACAUGUUAGGAGACAUAGUGAAAAUGAUGACAGCAAACUUACAGGUGAUGACAGUAGAUGUGAAUUGUAUUCAAAGGAUGUUGUUGAUGUUUGUGGAGAAACGAGGAGAGAUCUGGAACAGGCAUUGGACAAAGGUAAAAAAUUGCAAAAGCAACUCACUAUGGAGGUAGAAAAAUCACAGUCUUUGGUUGUCAAUUUUUCCAAGGAUUAUGAAAAGUAUAACCAAGAAAAUAUGGAUGACCUUUUUGAUGAUGAUGACGAUGAUGAUGAUGAUAAGGACAGCAUUUUUGGUAAUGAUGAGCAGGAGGACAGCAAUCUUACACCAUCCAAUCAACCAGACACCAGUUAUACUCAGUCAAAUAAAUCUCCAUCUAAGGCAUCAUCAGCUAACCCACCAAGUAUUUCAGACUCCAGUGUGCCCAGUGUUGGUGACUCUGAAAUGUGUCGGGAGUUGGAGGCUGCGUAUCACCGCCAUUUGAAGUCCAUAUCGGAAGACGUGCACUCAUACAUGGAGAAACUCAUCGUGCUGUUCACCAUCGCCUACGAGAAGCUGGAGUCCCCGACCGGAAGAGAUCUGUGCUAUGCUUCACUGGAGGAGUUCUUCUUCAAGUCUCUGUGGAAAUAUCUGUUAGCUUUAUACAGAUUUGCCAAUAAGUGUAAAGAAACUCUUCUGGCAUAUCACAUGACGAUUCGAUGCGACUCAGCACCGAGCAGCUUCGGAGUGGUAGACAAGCUGUGUUUGAUGCCGAAGAAUGGCGACCGUGACAAGAUCCCGUACCAGAGCGCCGUGAUCGAGCUCUGUCGAGUGAAGGAACAUUACACCAUGCUGUCUAAACUGGAGUGUGUUGUUCGAGUUUGUCGACUCGUGAUGACAAGUGUAGAGGAAUACUACCAAGCAGAUGGAGAUUCCAGCGAGAAAUCUCCAAAUGUUGGUGCUGAUGAUCUUCUGCCCAUUUUGACCUACAUAGUAAUCAAGAGUUGUCUGCCCCAGCUGGUGUCAGAAUGCAGUGCGAUGUCGGAGUUCAUUCAUGAAGGGUACAUCAUGGGGGAGGAGGGAUACUGCCUCACUUCGCUGCAGACGGCCAUUUUGCAUAUUGCAUCAGGAAGACUUGGAAACUCAGAUGAAAACUGUAUCCAGUGAGCAGCGUACAGUUUUACCGAGGGUCUUUCAUGUGUAGCAGUGUACAGUUCACAACAGUAGACUGACACACUGGGCAUUAAAGACAUGUUGUGUCAGGUAGAUUUGAAAAUGCUCGCAAAAGCUGUGCAACAUUUGAUCUAUGGUCUUUUGGCAUGUUGUGUCAAGUAGAUUGAAAAUGCAGGAGAAACUGGUAUCCAGUUAGCUGCAUGAAAUUUGUACCGAUAGUCUUUCAUGUAAUUCACUGUUCAAAAGUUUGUUUUGCUUAACAACAACACUAGAGCACAUUGAUUUAUGAAUCAUCAGUUUUUGGAUGUUAAACAUUUGGUAAUUUUCACAUUUAGUAUUGGAGAGGAAACCCGCUACAUUUUUC